UAAACCGGAAUUAACCGGAUCGGAAUCAACAUUAGAGUCGCUUCGUCGCAUCUGCGAAGACUUGGGAUCUGUUGAUGAGAAAGAGGGAGAUGGCUCGAGCGUGGUCGACGAUGGUUGUAUUAUCAGCGAAAAUGUUGGUGAUGGUUUUGAUGUUGACAUCGUCGAUCUCAGCAAAAGAGCAGCUGAGCACUAAAGAAUGCGAAGAUCUAGGCUUUACCGGUCUUGCUCUCUGCUCUGAUUGCCACUCACUUUCUGAUUACGUCAAGGACCAAGAGUUGGUAUCUGACUGCUUGAAAUGUUGCGCUGAUGAUUCUGAGGAUUCCAUGAGUAAGGUUACCUAUUCAGGCGCUAUAUUAGAGGUGUGUAUGAGGAAGCUAGUUUUCUAUCCUGAAAUUGUUGGUUUUAUUGAAGAAGAGAAAGAAAAGUUCCCUAGCGUAAAAGUUCAGUACAUUUUCAACUCACCACCCAAGUUGAUCAUGCUUGAUGAAGAUGGUGAACAUAAGGAAACAAUAAGAAUCGACAACUGGAAACGCGAACAUCUACUGCAGUAUAUGCGGGAAAAGGUCAAGCCUACCUCAGCAAGUUAGUGUAAUCAAUCACUGUGAUCACUCUUUAGGGGCCACCUAGGCCAAACCAGUGGGAUCUAAUAGUUAAAAACUCAUUGUGAUCGACUUAUCUUUACUUUCUCCUAGCUAUUUGGUUUGUAUGUUCUGAACCUUUGCAAUCACAGUGUUAAGUCUUCUAUCCAAUGUCCUUGUGAAAGGUUAAUGUGAA